UGCUGAAUAAGCAAUUUCUCACGUGACUCAUUUCGGUGAAGGUACCGCAUAGGCAUGUUACUCGUGAUCCAUUGCACGUUAUUUCUAGCCCGUGAUUUAGCAGUUUUGAGCACGUGAGUGUCCCCGUGGUCAUGCGCGUUGCCCCCCACUCUUAUCGCUCCAAUCCUUUUACCCCCGUUAUCUCGCACGUGAUGCAAUUCGGCCACGGAUGUAGCCAGAGGAAUGAUCUGAUAUUUCUCCACGUGGAGAUUUCUGGAUCAUUUGCGGAGGUAUACAGAUUUCGACCCAGAAAAUAUUGGAAAUCCUCCAAAGAUAGGCAAUUCCUAUGUAGAAGAGAAUUCGUAUUGAUGACCAACCUCUCUGGUGCGGCCACCAUAUCAAAUUCCCCCGUUCAUAACAGAAAUUCGAUUGAUUUUUCACAGCUGGCGGCUUAUGCGGAUAAACGGCUGAAAGGGGCCCUUCCCUGUGAAAAACGCAUCAAUGCGAUAACUGCUGAUCGCAUUGGCACUUGAAACUACACGAUGGUUAAUACUUCGUAAUCAUUAAUCGUUAUAUACAGCCUAG